ACCAGAGACCAGAGAGGACUUGUCUCUACUUUACUUCACUUUACUGGAUCCAGUCAGUUUGCUUUUAGUUGUUGUCAGUCCGUCGAGUUGUGCGGAGGGGAAUGAAGUUUCCUUACGUAACGUUGCGUUAAUACGAGACGAAUAAAGUAACGCACUUUCGGGAGAAAUUCCCCGUUUUCGGAGACUUUUCUCUCCAAAUUUGAGGAAAUCUUGCGCAUUCUGCCAAAACUGCAUUUCCUCGGAUGGUGGGAUUCUAUUCUGCCGGAUCUUGUUCAGUUCAGUGUUAAGUGCAAGGUCGGUCUGACUACUUAGGGAGAAGUACAUAUUAUUUUAGUGUUUAUGUCGUGUGUGUGUGUGGAUAUUACAUAAUUCGGACGAAUGGAAAGUUUAAUCAAGGGAUUUGUUUCGGUUUUCUUCGGUGUUGGAUUAAAUUGUGGGUUACGCAAUAAAAACAAUAAUUGAUUUAAACACAUGUUUACACACAUUCGCCAGAAGAAAACUGCCGGAACGAGGAGAGGAAUCCAAUUGUGGUUAAUUUCAUCCAGUGAUUUAUCACCCUUGAUAAUUGUCAUUUACUAACUCUUCAAUUUACAAGCACUUAAAGUAAUAAAACAGUUGGGUUUUUUAAAGCAAAAAGCUGACGUGACGUUAAAAGCUGGUUGAGAAACUUGUCCAUUGCUCAUUAGAAUUUAAAUUACGAAUCGUCCAAGUGUUCACGACGAGUAUACAACAAAAACUCAAUCCAUCCAAUAUCCAGAGACCAAUCAUUUCUCAAACUUAUUAUUUAUCUCGUUGAGAAAUAAUUUCAUCGAAUUAGCCACGGGUGCCACGCUCAGUUCUUCUCUUGUGCGAUGUGUAAUUACGAAUAAACAUAUAUAAAAACGCUAAAAGAAUUUAAAUCAGUUCGAGAUACAUAAUUUAGUAUAGAAACAAACAAAGUGGGCUGGAGAGAAGCUGACCAGGUUUAAAAGUAACAAAGACAUCAGCAAAAACUGAUUAUUACUCUGAAUUCUGUGCGAAGAUUUAUGUACUGCGACAAGAAAUUGAGUUCGCUUCUAUAAUCUCAAGGUUUCAGUGCUAAAUUGUACUUUGGUUUGCACGUCAGAAAUUUCCAAGAGCAGAAAACCACCAAGAAAACCCAUCAUGCAGGCAGAGUGACCUUCAACUUGGUUAUAAAAGAUGAUCACAAGAGAUUACUGCAGAUUUGCAAUAAAUGCAGUUCGUGUAGCUUAUGUACUACCAUUCGCAGUCUUAAAUGAGUCUGCACUUCUUUUCUGUAUAAAGUCGUCUGUCAUUUAAUCAAUUGACAGCUGCACUGACUGCUACAACGCCACAAAAAAAUUCUUGCCACAUUUUCGUCCGUAUGCAAUUAAAUUAUUGACAUCUUGUUCUAUUGGUGAGGAUGACAUGAGGAUAUGCAUGUGACCCAAGUUUAAAUACAUGCUUAUAAAAGUUCGUUGUCUUACAACAACUAUUUAUUGUUAUGUGUCUUGUCUGUCCGUGGUGGUCGGUUGGUUAAUCCUCCAUCUCGUCCGCUUGUGUUGAAUGCAGAUCCGGAUGAUAACUAGGAGAUAAAACUCGUAUUAAAUUAAUUCUGCCUUUUUGUCGGGUGAAGGUGUGUUCACUGUUUUACGUGGACACCUACCUGAGCAGAGUUUGACGAGUUGCUCACCUGCUGGGCAACCGGUGUGAAAAGAAGUAGUGCAGAUGAGGUAAAAUAAUAAACCAUACGAAGAAGUCUGGUCUGGUUUCAGUGAUCAAACUAGAUCUUCAUCUCGUGCAGCCGUGCAACAACAACAAACAAUCAGAAUCAGAGCCUAUGUGCAAAAUAUAGAAGACACGCAAAAAAAUACCUGCCCCUCAUCAAUUACACUGUGCGAGGACUAUGACUAGAUUUGCUCUGGGCAGGCAGGCAGAGCUUGAUUAUUAUUCUGGUAAUCAGUGAACGAAGGUAGUUGUGAGAAUUGUUUGUACGUCUUCUUUUUUUGAAAUAAUUGCCAACAAUGGGUGCACAAACAGAGUAAAAUUAUUGCCAAAAUGAACAGAAGUAAGUAGUUAUAAAUUUCUUUGGUUAAAUGGUUUUAAGUGAAGAGUUAGAAUAAAUUUUAACUGGAAUUGGACAUGUCUGUCUCGAAUACCAAUUUGUGUUAAUUUUUGGUGUAAAACCUAACCUACGAUGGUUGACGCGAAUUCUCUUAUCGAGGGACAUUGCAAGUUCCGGGAUGGAAGAAAGUGGAAAUCUCGAUGGGCAGUUGUAACUAAAUUGUCACCUGUCGCAGAUUGCCUCCAACUCCAAGUCUAUCGAGAUGAGAAGGAACGAGCCAGAAAUGGUCACACAAAGGCGUCCUUAUCCAUGGAAGACUUCUUGGCGAUGGAGACGGGCUUCACACUGGACAAGGAGUCUCACACUUUGGCAAUCAUCUGUCAAGACUUAUGCGUCGUCUUAGCGUUCGACAAUCGUGAACGGUUGAUCCAAUGGAGUGUCCGAAUAGCCAACAAUCUGGGCGAGGGGCAGCACUUUUUGGUCCAACUGGCUUCAGUCCCUGCCAAGAGCAAAUUGACACCUGGACCUGCAAAGCUGCACGUGACGGAUAAGCGUUUCUGUCUCACGGGAGGGAUUCCACCUCGACUUUUGGGACAUUGGGAAAUUCCUCAUUUGAGACGGUAUGGGAUUGUCGACGGACGGAUUGUGUUUGAAGGGGGUUCGCGAUGUGGAAAAAAUGAAGGUGUCCAUGUCAUGAUUUCGGAUCCGCCACAAAUGAAGUUGAUCAUUGAUGCACUGGACAUGUCAUCGAAAGGUCAAUUAGGCAAAGGUCCUUCUACCAGAAGGUUUGGAAAUGUUACAGAUUCCCCCCGGAAGUCGAUGAGCAGUCGCCUAUCAGAAAUGAGAACGUUGUCAUCCAUGCCGUGCCACGAGUCGAGUGCGAACAUUUCUGUCAUCAACAUGAAUCAACCAGCACCCUCGUCGAGCUCAUCCUCGUCCUCCACAAUUCCUUGCGCUCCGAGAGAAAGCUGGAGUGCGGAAGCGUUAUGUUCUGCUUGUUCUUCCGCUGGAGAAAUGAAUCAUCAACAAGCCAAUCACCAAUCUCAAAUCUGGUCCGAUUCUCGAUGCGAAUUACUUGACAAUUGCGACAGCAUUUCCAUGUGUCCAGCAGCAGGAGGGGUAGACGAAUCUUCUCACCACCACCACCCCAACAACUACCCCCCUUCCUCCUCCUCCGCCCGAACGGUGACCGUGGGACCCCACUCCCCCGCCAGAAACCCGGCCGGUACUGCUCUACAAAUUGCGAAACCACUCCCCUCCGCGAUGGAACGAUGUUUAUCCUGCAUGUCCAAGUUGGGUCAACAAACGGACAUUCUCAGCCCAUCGUGGACCAUGGAUUUAAACGUUUCUGCUGCAUCCGCCAGCAUGGGUGGUGGUGGUGGUGGUACUGCAAACUUACCGUCAUCCUCAACCGGACUCCAGGGUUCAAUUGGGUCCGGAAAUAGCGACAGAUUAUCUAUAUCAAGUCACGGAAGUGGUAGUGGUGUCGGUGUCGGUGGUGGUGGACCUGCAGAGUAUUACUAUGACACGCCGAGGUCCGUACUGGUGGCAGAAAUGCGACGUAACGCUAGAUCAAACACACCUCCAGGCAUGUUUCAGAAUGGGAGCAGUAAUCAAAUGUCAAAUCCGUGCCAUAAUGGUGGUCAGACACAACAGGGAGGCAUUACCAGCACCGCGGUGUGUGCAUCACCCUGUCGGGGUCCACGGAAUCAUAAUAUUUCCAUCGCUCCACAACCACAACCUUGUCCCAAUCAGAGUUAUAACGGGGCGGCGGUGUGUGUUUUGGGAAAUUGUCACUGCCAACAACAACCCUCCGUGAUGGGUGGACAACAGCAGAGCGGUGGUGGUGGUGGUCAUAUUUAUUACAACGGGGUUGCAGAACAAAAAUCCCUCGGAGGGAAUAAAACUCAUCCACCACAGCCAAUAAAUCUUCAUAUGGCCGGAGCCACGACUGGUGGACCUGGACCUUAUGAAAAUUACGACUUUCCACGAUGCGUCCCUCCUCCUGCACAAAAUCCAGGGCUGGGUUGCUACCCAUACUCGGAAGGGGCAAGUACCAGUGGAAUCGGCUUAAAUGGAACUUCAUCAAUGUCUUCGAUUGAUUGGAAUAAGAAGCUUCCAAUGGACCGCAGUUCUAUCGCAACGACUGCUUCCACCUCGAUCUCUCUCGUGGGUUCGUCCUCUGACCAAGAAUUUUACGAUACUCCGAAGCAUUGCCCAUGUUGCACGCAAAAUCCCACGUCGGGAUGUCCCUGCUGCUCUCAACACCCUCCCCCAAACAAUAAUAAUAAUCAACAUCUUCAACACCAUCACCAUCAACACUCUGUGCAACAAUAUCCUCCAGUCCAACAUCAACAUCACACCCAAAAUCCAUCCUGCAUUCUCCGUCGGGGAAAUGGACUUGAAAACUAUGAUAUUCCCCCGCACAAUAAUCCGCACAAUGUCGCCCUCACUUCGCCCAACAUGCAGCAUUCAAUAACUUCAACCUCCAUCAGCAUCAACGGCGAGGGAAAAAUGCCCCUCGUCGCGGGAUCCAUUCCUACCAGACCUACCAACAACCCUAACGCGAUUUAUGCUCAAGUGGACAAGUCGAAAAAGACUCCGAGACCAGGUCCUCCAAAUCAGCAACAAUUCGUCGUUGCAAACUGUGAUAACCUCCCGAUCUACGAGAACCGAAAUUCAGUCCAGCAUCAGCCCACGUACACAAAUAUGGUGGAAGGAAGUGGUGGCGUUGGUGGAUGUGGACAGCAUCACAAUAUAAAAACUAUGAAACCACCUGCACCCGAUCCGAGUACUACGGAUUCCUCUCUACCCAUGGAAUUCGGACACUCGAAUUAUGUUAAUCUACAGUUUGCCGAGUCACUUCAGCUUUACGAAAAUGCGAAGGAAAUUUCUUCUUCAGAUUUUUCACACACUGCAACCAAAUACACAACCAAAGAAACUACAGUUCUAGUCCAUCCGGAGCCAAAGAUUGAAACAAUUCUGGAAAAUGAAUAUGAAAACUCUGCUGCUGCGAUUGAUGGUGGUGCAGAUGCAAAGAAAUCAUGUGACACAAAAAUAACCAGUAGUGUUGUUGUACCACCAAAGGACGCCACUUGUACCACUGCUGCUCCUACUGCUUCUGGUACGACUGCUAUCACGAGUGGUUCGGAAAGUAAGGAACCUUCGUCUGCUACCGAUUCAGGAAUGGAGAUAAAGGACAAGGGAAAUUCUUCCACCACUUCACCACCAUCUUCCACCUCCACCAGUGCGGAAGAGUCACGAAGAGGCAGCCAAGAGUCCGAUGAAGCAAUUUCCCUUCCAUUGAGACGAUCUUCAAGUGUGCCAUGCAAAGGGGGUCAUGCCAAUCGAGGCUCAGCCAGUUCCAGCGAUUCCGGAGUUUCUGGCGAUGGUGGAUUAUUUUUCGAUGAUUCUUCUCCUUUAAACGAUAUUGGAAGUCGGUACCACCAAUCGCUCCAUGAAUCACUCCCUCGCAAAUCUCAACGCACUUCUCCUGGGGGUUCGAACGGUAAAAAUACUUCAGCCACGUCUACACCACGGCCGCAAGAGGUUGAAAUAAGUACACCUAUCAAUCCAUCCUCCCCAACUUCGCCAAAUACUGAUCUCGCAUUAGCCAACCGACACUACGAAACGAUUGAAGAAGCAGAGUCGAAUUCGACGGGGGGACAGGUUAUCAAAACUGGAGGAGAGGUGCAAGUAGGAAAUAACGUGGUACUUGCAAAACCGAUCCCUGUAAACCCCUUGGUCGCCGCAGUAAAAUGCGGAGAAAUGGUACAAAGCCGACGAAACUUAGUUUCAGGUGCCAACAGCACGAGUAGUGGUAAUUCAGAUUGCACAGAUUCGGACUAUAUUGAAACCCUAUCAACGUUAUCGUCUUGCUCAAGAGGAUCUGGGGAUACGGUGGCCACGCUGAUAAACCCGCAUAACGUUCUAAUGACCACGCAUCACAGUGACGCUGUUAAUCUUAACAUAUCGGCCUCUCCGAAGAAAUCCACGAGUAUGAAGCCUCGCUCGGGAAAAGAGUACUUUAAAAUUGAUCGUUCUCUUUUCAAAAAGAACUAAACUAAAGACAUGAUCCGUUUGUACAAAUUUGUAAAUAUUGUUAAAAAGGCUGACCGUCAUUUCACAAAAUGUUCAAAUUCGUUCUAUCCAUUAAUUUACAUGUGUAAAGUGUUGUUAUAAUUAAUAAUUGCUAUACAUAUUGCUUCAACUUGCGACUUGAGUCAAGUACGCACAAAAUUUUGAUACAUGUAAAUUUACAUAAAAACUUGUAUAAAUUCCACUAAAUCUGUAAUCUCGGAUAAUUCAAUUGUCUACCAUUUUGUACAUAUUUGUAUAAAACUUGCUUGCCAUACGUCUUUAAUGAGGCAUUUAUAUACGAAUCAAUCCAAUUAAUUCAGUAGGAAAAUAAUCUUAUUGCCAAAAUUUAUGGUUAAAAUUUAUCUACGUAUGAUACUGGUCGGUACAAAUAAAAAUAAAAUAUGAAGAUGAAGAUUAGCACUUUAGUCCUAAGUUUUUAUGCUUUAAACAUCAGCACGAGUAACUUCAGUUUUUCCUCCUAUUUAUUAAGUACUAGUUACAUAUGUAAAUAUACGGGUAUAUAUUUGAUGUUCUCUAGAAAGAUCCUAUUGUGUGUACUUGUUCUCAAUCUUGAUGAAAAACAUAUAGCGUUGUUUCAUGGAAGAGAGAUAAAUAAAUGUCCGGUUCAAAUCUUGUCAAAUGUAAUCUUAAAAUGUAGACGUAGCAAAGAAAUGUAGUAUUUAGAUAGUAGUUCCAUCGAUCUACAAUUACAUAUGUACGCCGGUUAAUAAUUAUAACCUUUACCAUAUUACAUAUAAUACAUACAUUAUAUGGUUUCGCAAUUAUACCUCUAGUUGACAUGCAUGGCUAGAACACCAAAGUUAAAUAUGAUCUACAUAAAUAUGGCCCCGACACAUACAUACAUAUUUAAGCAACCACUUUAAAAUAUUAAAUUACAUGAAGCGUGCUCGUACGUAAAAUAAUAUGCGUGUCUCCAGGUUUAUAAUGAAUAAAAUUAUUGAUGUGUUUAAAACGUU